CACAGUACAGCGGUGCCAAGUGAGAGAGGAUCUUGAAAGUUUGUAGCUAGUAGUUAUUCAUCAAAGGCUAGCGUUAGCUUUAGCGUUAGCUAGCCAGGUAGAAAAAGGAAGAAAAAUCGAUUUUUUGCUCAUCAAAUACUCACAACAACACACGUUUUGUUUUUUGCACUGUGUGCACCGUUUCCCAAGUUUCUUUAUAACAAAGUUUGCAACAAUGAGCUUCCUCUUUGGCAGCCGCUCGUCGAAGACGUUCAAGCCGAAGAAGAACAUUCCGGAAGGCUCUCACCAGUACGAGCUGCUGAAGCACGCGGAGGCCACGCUGGGCAGCGGGAACCUGCGGCAGGCGGUCAUGCUGCCCGAGGGGGAGGACCUCAACGAGUGGAUCGCCGUCAACACUGUGGACUUUUUCAACCAGAUCAACAUGCUGUACGGCACCAUCACCGAGUUCUGCACCGAGACCAGCUGUGCUGUGAUGUCCGCCGGUCCCAGGUAUGAGUACCACUGGGCGGACGGCACUAACAUUAAGAAGCCCAUUAAGUGCUCCGCUCCCAAGUACAUCGACUAUCUGAUGACCUGGGUCCAGGACCAGCUGGACGACGAGACUCUCUUCCCCUCCAAAAUCGGAGUGCCCUUCCCCAAGAACUUCAUGUCUGUGGCGAAGACCAUCCUGAAGCGUCUGUUCCGCGUGUACGCACACAUCUACCACCAGCACUUCGACUCAGUCAUGCAGCUGCAGGAGGAGGCCCACCUCAACACCUCCUUCAAGCACUUCAUCUUCUUUGUGCAGGAGUUUAAUCUGAUUGACAGGCGGGAGCUGGCUCCCCUGCAGGACCUGAUUGAGAAGCUGGGCUCCAAGGACCGAUAGAGUCGUCCUAGCUCCAUCCUAGCGCCUCUCUCUCCCCCCCCCCCUCGCUCCCUCUCCCUCUUCCC